GUAUAGCGGAUAAGUCGCAUCCGAGUGGUUAUAAAUAUAUGUGUAAUGGAAUACACAUAUAUCAGUACGAAAUAAUUGCUGCGUAAUGAUUUAAAUUUUAACAAACAAAUGAAAUAAUAAUAAUAAGAAAAAGCGUACCUUAUUAUUAUUAUAUUAGUGACCGCAGUGUAUCAGUUAACGAAAUGAAAACCCCAGUUGAGAGUUAUCGCCAUAAAUAGUAGGCAGCAUUGUAAAUCCAGACCUAAUUGGUCUAUAAUUAAACUUUUAUAACUCCUUAUCGUUGUGCUUAGUGGACUAUUGCACGUUUAAGAUCUUGAACGAAAAGUGAGAGCUACAUACAUGUGGUUCGAUAAUUAGGGAAAUCCAAAAAAGUUCCACCAGACGCUUAUAAAACUUGUUACACGUGUGUUAAACCAAAUUUUAAGAUAAAUAAAUGAUUAAAAUGAUGUAGCCUUAAAUUCCAGUGUAAUAAUUCUAAUCUUUCGUGUAAUUGACCAAACAAAUGCUUUGAAAAUAUUAAAAAAUAAACAAUCUAUUGAUAAGCUGCAAGUGCAAGAUUACAAUUUUUUUGCAAUUUCAUUGUUAAUUAAAAUAAAAAUGUUGGGAUAAAUGUAUUUACUUUCAAACGGUGGAGGACGUUACCUUGUGAUCUCAACAAAUGUGUAGGAAAAACAACAAUAAUUUAAAAAUCAAAGCAAAAUAACAAAUAUACUAAUCUACCCCAAUAUAACCCAUUACUAUUACAAUUCUUAUCUUUGGCAAAUUUGCAUAACAAAUAGCAAUUGAAUAACAAAAUAGCCAUGCAACUAUUGAAAAAAGUAAUCUAUUGAUAAGCUGCCUUUUGGCGGUUAAAUUUUGAUUUUUAAAAGCUAUUGGAAGCUAAAAAAACGGCGAGAGAGCAUAAAAGCUCUGAAAGCCAACCACAAACACGAGCUGCAACAUAUUUAACUGAGCGGGAGAGAAAGCGAGUGCGCAGUGUGAAAAUGAGUGGCACAGAGGCACAAUCUGAAAAUGCUACGCAAAGACGUGACAGUGGGAACAGUGAGAACAGUUCAGCCGGCAAUGUUGUGGAGCAGCAGGCCGAGGGGAUGUUUCGCACCGCCUGCCAAUGGGUAUGGCACGUGGUUAAAUCCAUCUCCGUGGAGCCCACAAUGUUCCUUUACAUGUUCGCGUUUAUGAUCACCUCAGUGGUGGAGCAGAAUUUCUUUCUAUACAAGUCCUGUCGUGUGAACAACAAUUUCACGGAGGAGGUCUGCCGGAAUCUCAACAAGGCGGAGUACCAGGAGUUCAAGGAACAGUCGAUGUUGACCAAUGCUUGGUUCCUACAGUGGGAAAACAUCUCCGCCCAUAUAUUUCCCAUUAUUUUGGCCUUAUUUUUGGGCUCAUUCUCUGAUCGACGGGGCCGUAAACUACCAUUGCUCAUGGGUUUGGUGGGCAAGUUCAUCUACUCCUCGAUGAUAGUUGUCAAUGCCAGGAUGCCUACAUGGCCAGUGCAGAAUAUCAUCUACUCGGCCACCUUGCCAUCGGCCUUGACUGGUGCUGAUGUGGCCAUUUUCGCCUCCUGUUUCGCCUACAUCUCAGACAUUUCCACGCUGCAGCAGCGCACAAUCCGGGUUACCAUCCUGGAUGUGAUCUACCUCAGUGCCAUGCCCCUGGGCGUUGCGCUGGGCUCGCAUCUAUUUUACAAUGUCUUCGAUCAGUCCUACGCGGACAUGUUCACCGUGAAUGCCUCCCUGCUAGCCCUGGCUAUCAUCUACACUCUGUUUGCCCUGAAGUGGCAGACAACAUCCAGACAGCGUUCCCUGAGAGAACUUGGAUGCUGUGGAUUCUGGGGCGACUUCUUCGACAAACAGCACGUUAAGGACUCGUUUGUGGUGUUGGUGAAACCACGAAAGGGGCACCGUCGCAGUUUCCUCAUUAUCCUGCUGAUCAGCAUGGCCUUGUAUACUUUCCAGCGGGACGAGGGUCAGUACUUGUACAUGUACACUCUGGGCAAGUUCGACUGGGAUGUGAGUGCGUACAGUAACUUCAAGACCUUUAAGUCAUCGGCCUACGUGAUUGCCAUGCUACUCGCUGUCCCAUUGAUGAACAAGGUCCUUGGAUGGAGGGAUUCCACUAUAAUCUUUAUUGGCACCUGGGCCCAUUCGAUAGCCCGUUUGUUCUUCUACUUCGCCACCAAUACGGAUCUGCUGUACGCCGGAGCAGUGGUCUGUAGUUUGGGUCCGAUUGUGGGCCCCAUGAUCCGGGCCAUGACCUCGAAAAUUGUGCCAACAUCGGAGCGAGGAAAGGUGUUUGCCCUGCUCUCGGUUUGUGAUAAUGCGGUGCCCUUCAUCAGCGGAGUCUGCUAUUCGCAACUUUAUCGAGGGACCAUAAAAACCAAUUACGGUGGAAAUGUCUUUAUGCUAACCAUUGCUACUCAGAUAGCAGUCUUUCUGUUGAUACUUUGCAUUCACAUUAUCUUGGGCCAGAACUCGCUGGCCGUUGCAGAAGUUCCCGAAAAUGAGAGCGGUCUUAUAAGCCAAAAGGAGGCGGUACUGAACGCGGCCACUGAAGAAGAUAAAAAUUAGACCAGCUUUUAUAAGCCAUAUAUUUUUAAUAAUUCCUAAGAAAAGACAAGAGUCCUGGAAAGGCAGCUAAUGCAUUAAAAAUGCAAGGAUUUUUAAUACAAAAAAAAAAUAUUUUUUUAACUCUCGGCAGGAAAUCGUUUGCCCAUACGAAAUGGCGUUAAGAAAUGUUGUAGUUAUAGAAUUUUGAAGUAUACUCGUAUAAAGAUUUUUUAAAAAAUAAAGAAUAAUAAUAAUCCUUACAAAA